AUGACUGAGAUGGUCAGUUCUGCAGUUAUCCAGGAGUCAUUUAGCCAAAUACUAUCGGUCCUAGUUAAAAAAUAUGAUGACAAAGAGGAAAUAAAUGGAAUCAGAAACAUAGAGAGGCUAGAGAUGGCACACAUCAGGCUGAAAGCUGCUCUUGAGACUUCUAAUAAAUGGCAGAUCACUGAUACAUCCAUGUUGCGUUGGCAAAAGAAGCUGAAGCGUGCAGCACAAGAGUGUGAUGAGAAACUGCACAAAUGUAAGCAGAGAAUCCUUGAAGAAGAACGCAUGGAACAGGAGGUAUGGAAUUCCUCCAUUCCUAAACGGAUUGGACAUGCUACCAAGUCAUUUGUUUUCUCCAUCUUUAACCGCAACAACGACGAUGAGUUGGACCCAUCUGUUGUUAAACGAUUUGAGUGGUAUGCAGAUGGUGCUAGUGAAUUCCUGAGAUUCAUUGAGCUUGGUGGCACACCACUUUGUCACAUCAUACCCUUUGGCUCCCUUAUCAAGAAUCUUUUUGCAGGCAAGGAACUUCACCAUAAAAUUGUUCGAGGAAGCCAACAGCCUUUGUGUCAACUAUGGUUGAUCCCCUUUAGUACUGCAGAGCAAGGAACAGAGGUUGCCCUAUUUUUUAUCAGGAAAGAUGGUACAAUAGAGGUUUACAGCAAGCGAAAGACCUCACUAUCUGAAGGCCCAAUGUCUCUGCAAAAUUCUCCAUAUCUGAAAGCUGGAAUUGCUUUUGCACCCCAUGUCUCUUCUGAAGACAUGCUACCACUGAAUAAAAGUUCUAAAACAGUAGAGAUAGUUGGUGGUCAGCAACAUGUCUUGCAUACGGACAUCUCCUUGGAGCAACUGGAAGAGAUUAUGCUAGCAAAGGCCAUAGAUUACUUCUGCCACACUGGCGAAGCGUCCGUAUACUGA